AAUUAUUGAAUUUUGCAGGAAAGCUCCCCUGUUCGUUGAAUUAUAUUUUUGAGAAAAUUUAAAGACAAUCGCGAUGGUCAUGGAGGAGCAGCGAAGACCGACAGUUGCGGUUGUAGUUCUCGGAGACAUCGGUAGAAGUCCUCGUAUGCGUUACCACGCAUCGUCGUUAAUCGAGGAAGGCUUUAAUGUCAACCUCAUCGGAUACGGUGGAUCUGAAAUCCCUGAGCUCAAGAAAUAUCCUGGGCGAAUCUCUGUUUCCUACGUUAAAGACUACAUCUCUGUAACUGCUCAAGGAAUGAGUAGAAUAUUUCUCUACUUCAUCAAAGUCUUCGCGUUGACGCUGAGUCUUGCGUGGGCCUUGAACUGGCGUCGACCUCCUCUCUGCGUUCUGGUACAGAAUCCCCCGUCAAUCCCUGCGCUUCCGGUCCUCUAUUUGUACUGCUUGGUGACGAAGGCCCACUUUUUCAUCGACUGGCAUAAUUAUGGCCACACGAUACUCUCGCUUACCCUGAAGCCCACCCAUCCGCUUGUGUCCGUCUGUCGCUGGGUGGAAUUCCAUUUCGGAUCUCGCGCUGUGGCAGGGUUUUGCGUGACGGAUGCGAUGCGAGCAGAUUUGAAUAACCAUGGUUUGGAACGCGUUGCGACGCUGUAUGAUCUUCCGUCACCUGCUUUUAAGCCGAUUUCGGACGAGGAGAAGGCGAAGUUUCUGUUGAGGAUAGGGGAGUUAUAUCCGAAGGCGUUCUGCUGUGAAGACGGCGGAAAGAAAAGGGUCAACAGGUUUGCUCAACUGUCGGAAAUCGGGACUGCUGAAUUGAAGGCUGAACGUCCUGGGUUAGUCGUGUCUGCGACGAGCUGGACAGAGGACGAAGACUUUCAGAUGUUUCUGACAGCUCUAGAAACUUACGAUGCACAAGCUGUCCAGAAUAAAGUGAUUGCUGAGUUGGUUGUUGUUAUUACCGGAAAGGGUCCAUUGAAGAGGAAAUUUGUUGAAAUCAUCGACUCUAUACCCUGGCGAAGGAUAGUCAUUGUAACGCCGUGGCUUUCUGCUGAGGAUUACCCACGUAUGCUGGCGUCUUCCGACUUGGGCGUUAGCCUGCAUUCGUCCUCCAGUGGACUGGAUCUCCCCAUGAAAGUUGUGGAUAUGUUCGGUGCUGGACUACCGGUUGCUGCUCUGGACUUCAGCUGCCUCGAGGAGCUGGUAGUCAACGACAAGAACGGGAUAGUUUUCAACAAUGCCUCAGAAUUGCAUGCUGCCCUUGUCAAGUGGUUUAAGGGGCCGGAUUUCAAGAAUCCAAACGCAGGCAACACGUUUCACAAGACGUAUCGCGAUAACGUGAAGCGUUUCGCGUCCCGCGAUUGGCAUUCUCAUUGGAGCGACAUAGCGUUACCAGAAUUCAAAAAAUUUGUUAGUAAUCCGUGAUAAUUCUAGAAAUGUGCGGGAUUGCGCAACUUUCACAUUUCUUGUGAGCCGCCAUUUCAACAUGAUGAACGAUAAAUUUCCAGAAUGAGGGGUUAUUUUUAUUGGAACAGCUAGUUUUUUACGAUGUGCCCCUUUCGAAUUAAGGAGCCCAGGGAUACGUCCAGUACGUGUUCGACUUGGGUGAUGAUUUUGAUCGAAGAGUGUCAGCAGAACUGGAGCUUUUUUAACGUGAUUGUUGUGAAUGCUUAAUUGAAUGUUCCCUAAAAAUGUGUGCCCAUUUACAAGAAAAUACAACUGUCAUUUUUGAAAUGAUA